CCAUCUUGUUUGUUGUCAGUUUCCGCGUAGGACAAGUUGCGUUAGGUAGGGUUGUUCAAAUUUUUGGAUCGCUACCAGUGGAUUUAACGUCAAGGAUGGAGUCUCGCUUUGCAUUCCUGCACCAGCGGGACAACAGCGUGUCUAUGCUGAGAGUGAAGAUGUCCCGCAGGCGGUCCCAGUCCCAGAAGGAGAACCGCACGAAAGUUCACAACCUUCGCAGGCAGCUGGAAGACUUGCAAGAGCAAGAUAUUUCCAUGCUGGAGAAGUCAGUUGCAGUUCUUGAAGAGAAGGUGGCUAAAACCAAAGCACUGAAACCAGUAGAUGCUACCAGUGCUGUGGAGGAGAGGAAGAAGAUGCUUGCUCGGUACAAGGAAGCCAAGGAGCUCCAGAAGGAGAAAGAGCGUCGGGAGAAGGAAAAGAAAGGCGUGUUUAAAUGUGGCCUCUACCAGCACAGGCAGCCUGCGUUUGCCAACUCACAAGCCCCCACUAAAGCAAAGCAGAACCCUGAGCCAGUGCUGUCCACACGCGUCACUCGAUCUAUGAAGCAACCACAGCAGACUCCUCUUCAGCCACUGCAGCAGAAGACUGCAACCCAGAAGUCUGCGCCAAAGAAAGAGCCAGUGGUCAGGAGGCCUCUCAGCACCAGGGGACAGACGAGGGUUCCUCCAGUUGCAGCGACGACCGCCGUGACCAAGCCUAAAGCUGCAGCAGUUGAAUCUGUCACAAGAACCACCAGACCAACAAGGGCAGCAGCCAAGCCUACAUCAGAUUUGAAAACCAGAAGCAAUUCUAAAACAAGAUCCACGGUGAAGCAGCAGAAAGUGCCAUCUGCAGGUCAGGAGAAGGAGCCAAAAGAGGACACAAAAGAAAGGAUACAGAGUGAUGAGAAAAAGGAAGAGGAGAGUUGUCCUGUGGACUCCCCUGCACCUCAGCCAGUGACUGCCCCAGAGGAAGACCCUGUCCAGGCGGAGGCCGAAUCCGUGGCACCCUCCUCCUUUGCCCCUGAGGGCUUUAUGUUCCAGGCCCCCGUAGGCCUCCCGAUGCUCCAGCCUGCCCCACCAUCCACCGACAAAGCCAGCGCAGUCACUGCCCCCAGCUUUGAAGCCCAACUGGAGGCCGACGUGCCCAUGGACCCUCCUUCUGCUCCCUCCUCUCCUCCUCCCAGCAUUCCGACCUCCUCUAUCUCACCUGUUUCCUCUGCCUCACCACCUCCUGCCUCCUCUCAGCCUCUUUCCUCCUCCUCCUCCCCACCUCCCUGCUCUGAUGGUGCUACUGCUGCAGCAGCAGCUGACUGUGGGUCUGCAGCGCCUCCUUCUGACCAGCAGGAGGAACAGCAUGGAGUCCCCUACUUCAGGGCUGUGAUGGUCAGUGAGACUCAGAGGUUAACAGAACUCUCAGAACAGUGGGAAGUGCACUUUGAGGACUCCUCCAUCCCAGAAGAAAUGAGAGAGCGCAUGCGGACAGCUGUGGGACAGGCCCGGCUCCUGAUGAAGGAGCGCUUCGGUCAGUUCAGUGGUCUGGUGGACGACUGCGAGUUUGGCCGCGGCGAGAAGAUCACCACCUGCACCGACCUCCAGGGAUUCUGGGAUAUGGUGUACUUCCAGGUGGAGGACGUUGACCGGAAGUUCAAAGCUUUGAAGGAAGCAGAGGGACGGGGCUGGACAGAGGAGAGCAAACCAGCACCACGGCAGAAGAAGCUUGUUAAGAAACCCCCUAUAGCAGGUGCCACUGGCAGGCCGGCUGCAGGUGCUGCAGGUAACGCAGCAGCCAAGAGUCGCCUCGCUGCCAUCAAAGCAGCCAUGAAGGCCAAGCAGCAGCAGGCUGAGGCAGAGAAGGCAGCGCAGGCAGCGGCCAGUGUUCCGGACAGCACCCCUGCCUUGGACACCCCGUCUAAACUUAAGCCCGCAGACAUUGUGGUGUUCAAUGGAGGCUUCUUCCAGGUUGAGAGCCCACUGAAGACAGCUGGAGCGUCCCGGCUGAGCGCGACCCCCGCUGCCUCCUUGCUUAUGACCCCCAGCAGGCACCGGCGCUCCACCCUCCCCGUCCACGCCUCUCCUUUCCCCCGCGUAACCCCCGUCACCACCCCAGCACGUCUGCCCAACCCGUCCCCGGCCCGCACCCCUCAGCCAAGCGUCCCUCCAGCCGCCGCCGCCUCCUCCUCCUCUCACAGUCCGGACCCAACCAGCCUGGCCCUGAGCUUCUCCCCGGAGCGCUCGUGUCCUGCCGGCCUGUCGCGGCUCAGUCCCCAGGCCCCGGACACAGACGGAUCCCCUCGCUCGACGUCAGAAGUUGCCCCCAGCCUCCACCCCAGCCUGCUGGUCUCCUCCCCCGACGCAGAGCAGCGUCUCCCCACAGUCGACAGCCACGCCAGCCCAGCAGGAGCUGUGAGCAUUCUUGCAGAUGUUGACAUGAGUGCGACUCCGGAGACGUCUUGCACAGAGGAUGUUCCUGGGCUGGACUUUGAGCGCUACCUCCAGCCCACCGCGCGGGUGAGCCUGUCUCCUAGUGCCCCCUCAGAGACCUUCUCCCCCAUGGCAGUGGACGCCGAGAUGGAGAGCCCAGAGGUCGAGAGGCAGGACGCUCUACUGCAGACCCCAACCGCACUACCAAGGAUGUCCCCACUCUUCACCCCACAGAUGGAACAGUCAGUUCAGUCAAACCUGUUACUCUUCACCCCUGUUGAGUUGAAGGACUGCGUGCCUCGGGCAUUAUGUGAGAAUGACCUGAUGUCCUUUACCCCACCAACUCACAACUAGCGACAAAAGAAAAAUAUUUUGUUUUAUAUAUAUAUAAUUUUUUUUUUACUUCAUUGCUAUUUGACUGGUUUAAAUAAACACUUAGUUUCUCCAUUGA